CCGUGCUCCACCGCCAUCCCCCCACACACACCUUGCAUCGUCGGGCCCACAUGUCGGCUGUAGAGUAGUCAAAUCGCCGCAGCCUUAUUCAAUAAGCCAGCCGUGUCCAGUGCACCACUUCAAGCCAACCGCUUCCACUCCACAACUCCUCUUUGUCCAUCUAAAAUCCCUCACCCAAGCUCGCCCAAAUCCCUAACCCUCGCUAAUCGAUCUCCUAGCCGUCGCCGUCCAAUCCGCAAGCCACAAUGGAGAUCACUCCUUCACUGGCACUAAUCCUUGUUCGGGUGGCCGCUGGCGAUGCGGAGAAGCUGGCCCGGCUGCGCGAGAUAUGCUCGUGGUUCCGUGACCCGACGAUGCUCUACGAGGAGGCGAUCGGCAUCGCCGGUUGUCUUGUGGACGAGGAGAAGGCCACCAUGCGCCUGAACCAUGAUUUUCCAGUGGAGUACCUCUAUUGGGCGACGAUGGAUGCGGAGAGUGACGAUCCGGUGCAGAGGUACCGCUGGAGGGCCUACAAGUCUAGCCUGUAUGGCGAUGGAGCGAGUCAUGGCGCUGGCCAGGGCGCUGAUCAGGGCGGCCACGGCGUUGACGAUGGUGUUGGCCAUGGCAUGGCUCUGGACGUGGCUGGUCAUGGCGAAGCGACAUGCGUCAUCGCUCUCCCUGCUGCCUCGUCAUUCAAUCUGCAUAGGAGGAGGCUGCAUGCAAAGGAGGUGGCCCUACCUCAUCGCUCUCCCCCCCUUCUCCCGCCGCUCUCCGAGGAAUGCACGCUCCACCGAGGUGCAGUAGAGAUGGAAGUACAAAGAAGUGCAAAAUGGAUUGAAGAAGUGGAAGAGCCUGCAAGCUGAUCUAUGUAGUAGUAAGAGAUGAUGCAAGUUGAUGUUUAGACCCGGUGUAUGUUAAGACCUUAUGCAUGGUUCAUGUAUUAUGCUUGCCCCAAGAUCAAUAUCAUGCAUGAUGGUUCUGUCUUUGCUCAAUC